AUGACGACCGAAACUAAGGGAGAUGGCCCCGAGGGCGCUGCUACCUCGACAUCUCCUGUACCGCAAAGCAGGGAAGAUGAGACGACGGUGAAGACACAGACGGAAAACCGAGAAGAGGAGGAGCGCACGCGCGGAGAAGCAGAAGAGACGCCACAGGCGGAAGAGAAGGAGACUGAACAGGAACAAGAGGAGGAAGAUUCGGCGAAAGAAUUAGCAGAAGAAGUCGAAACAAAAACAUCAGAACCAGACACAUCAGCGCCUCCAUUACCAGACGAAAUCCCUCCUCCGCUCCCCACCGAAGCACCCCCGGGCACGGGCGAGGAUGACGGCUGGGAACCCGUCUGGGAUGCCUCCGCGCAAGCAUAUUACUUCUACAACCGCUUCACGGGCGUAUCGCAAUGGGACAACCCGCGAGUACCGGACUCAUCUACAGCACCAGCACCAGCUGUCGCCGCGGCUCCGGGGACAGUAGGCGAGGAUUCCUCCGCGGUCAAAAGCACCUCUCCUCCCGCGGUGGGUGGGUACAACCCUGCCAUCCACGGCGACUAUGAUCCCACGGCUCCGUAUGCGCAGCAGUAUGAACAGCAGGAGGAGGAGGGAAACACCGCGGGGGCGGGAGGGGUAAUGAACCCGGGGGAUUACGCGGCGGUUGGAUCGUUCAACCGGUUCACGGGGCGGUGGCAGGGGGAGUCACAGAAUCCGGAAUACCACAAUGACGAGAACAAGUCACGGCGCCAGAUGAAUGCGUACUUUGAUGUGGACGCGGCGGCUAAUUCGCACGACGGACGGAGUCUCCGGGCGGAGCGCAGCGCGAAGAAGCUGACCAAGAAGGAGCUAAAGAUGUUCAAGGAGAAGCGGCGGGAGAAGAAAGAGGAGAAGCGGAGAGCGUGGCUUCGUGAUUGA